AUGUCAGCUGCUGAAACUAAUCAACUUCAAGAAUCUUUGGAAAAGUUGAAUAUUGAUUCACAAAAUGCUCCAGUUGAAACAUCUACUGAAUCUCAAGUUGAACCAUCAACUGAAGAACAAGGGGAAUCAACUGGUGUUGCUGAAAACUCUGCUUCAUUAUAUGUUGGUGAAUUAAAUCCAUCUGUUAAUGAAGCUACUCUUUUUGAAAUUUUUUCACCAAUUGGUCAAGUUUCUUCAAUUAGAGUUUGUCGUGAUGCUGUUACAAAAAAAUCAUUAGGUUAUGCUUAUGUUAAUUAUCAUAAAUUAGAAGAUGGAGAAAAAGCUAUUGAUGAAUUAAAUUAUUCAUUAAUUGAAGGUAGACCAUGUAGAAUUAUGUGGUCUCAAAGAGAUCCAUCAACUAGAAGAUCAGGUGAUGGUAAUAUUUAUAUUAAAAAUUUACAUCCAGCUAUUGAUAAUAAAGAUUUACAUGAUACUUUUUCAGCUUUUGGUAGAAUUUUAUCAUGUAAAGUUGCAACUGAUGAUAUGGGACAAUCAAAAUGUUUUGGUUUCGUUCAAUUUGAAACUGGUGAAGCUGCUGAAGAUGCCAUUAAAAAUGUUAAUGGUAUGUUAUUAAAUGAUCGUGAAGUUUAUGUUGGUAAACAUGUUUCUAAAAAGGAUCGUGAAUCAAAAUUUGAAGAAAUGAAAGCAAAUUUUACAAAUAUUUAUGCUAAAAAUAUUGAUUUAGAUUUUUCAGAAAAGGAAUUUGAAGAUUUAUUUACUCCAUUUGGUAAAAUUACUUCAAUUUAUUUAGAAAAAGAUCAAGAAGGUAAAUCAAAAGGUUUUGGUUUUGUUAAUUAUGAAAAUCAUGAAUCAGCUUUACAAGCAGUUGAAGAAUUAAACGAUAAAGAAAUUAAUGGUCAAAAAAUUUAUGUUGGUAGAGCUCAAAAAAAGAGAGAAAGAACUGAAGAAUUGAAAAAACAAUAUGAAGCAACUAGAUUAGAAAAAUUAUCAAAAUAUCAAGGUGUUAAUUUAUUUGUUAAAAAUUUAGAUGAUCAAAUUGAUUCAGAAAAAUUAGAAGAAGAAUUUAAACCAUUUGGUCAAAUUACUUCUGCUAAAGUUAUGAUUGAUGAAUCAGGUAAAUCAAAAGGUUUUGGUUUUGUUUGUUUUAAUACUCCAGAAGAAGCCACUAAAGCUAUUACUGAAAUGAAUCAAAGAAUGGUUAAUGGUAAACCAUUAUAUGUUGCUUUAGCUCAACGUAAAGAUGUUAGACGUUCACAAUUAGAACAACAAAUUCAAGCAAGAAACCAAAUGAGAAUGCAAAAUGCUGCUGCUGCUGGUGGAUUACCAGGUCAAUUUAUGCCACCAAUGUUUUAUGGUCAACAAGGAUUUUUCCCACCAAAUCAAAGAGGUAAUGCUCCAUUCCCAGGUCCAAACCCUCAAAUGAUGAUGAGAGGAAGAGGACAACCAUUCCCAGAUCAAUGGCCAAGACCAGGACCAAAUGGUCAACCAGUUCCUGUUUAUGGAAUUCCACCACAAUUCCAACAAGAUUUUAACGGUCAAAAUUUGAGACCUCAACAACAACAACAACAACCUCAACAACCUCAACAACAACAACAACAAAGAAACUAUUUCCCAAACCGUCAACAAGGAGGUAAAGUUCCAUCAAAAGAUUUAGCUGCUAUUAUUUCAAGUGUUCCACCAGAACAACAAAAAAGAAUUUUAGGUGAAGAAUUAUAUCCAAGAAUUGUUUCAACUGGUAAAGCUCAAGAACCAGAAGCUGCUGGAAAAAUUACUGGUAUGAUGUUAGGUUUAGAAAAUCAAGAAAUUUUAGAUUUAUUAGAUAAUGAUGAAUUAUUUAAUAAUCAUUUCGAAGAUGCUUUAACUGCUUUUGAAGAAUAUAAAGCUGGUCAAGGUAAUAAUGAAGAAUCAGCUUAA